UCUUUCGUAAAAGAGAAAGAUCCAGUUAUUAUAUUGCUGUUCACUUGAAUAGACUUUUAAUCGUGUACUGAGUUGUGCGUUUUAUUCAAUUAUUAUUUUUAAAUGAAAUAUAUUAAUUAAAUUAGAUUAAAUAAAUUUUUAUAUGUUAAUUAUUUUUAAAAUUUAAUUUUUUCAAUUCAAAAGUCUUACAAAACUUUGUAAAUUGUGACAAUGCCUUUUUUCAAGAAAUUCAGAAUAUUUUCAAGACAUCGAAAGUUGUGCGAGGAAUGGGCGUUGGCAAAUAGCAGAGAGUGCGUCGACAAUGGAAGCAGUAAAAUUGGCACCGGAAGUAGGAAUUCACUGAGGCACGAUGAUAAUGAUGAAACAAGCGAGGCGACAUUUACCCUGAAAUAUUUGGGUAGUACGUUGGUGGAGACACCGUCUAGUGAAGAGGCCACCGCUGAGGCAAUCAAGACGGUCAUUACUAUGGCUAAAGCCAGUGGAAAAAAAUUACAACGGGUUGCUCUCGCAGUAAGCUUACGAGGGAUCCGAAUGACUGAUUUGGCGACUGAGGAAGAUCAACUUCAAGUUUCAAUAUACAGAAUUUCUUACUGCUCAGCAGACGCGACCCACGAUCAUGUGUUCGCAUUUAUCGCAACAAAUUUAAACGAAACCAUGGAAUGUCAUGCAUUUUUAUGCCCAAAACGUAAAAUGGCACAGACAGUAACAUUGACUGUAGCUCAGGCAUUUAAUACGGCUUAUGAAGCCUGGCUGCAGUCUCAAUCAGAACCAAGGAUUCAUCACACCUUAGACAAAAGCCCUAGUUCCAGUGAAUUAGCAACUGGCAAUUCAAUAAUUAAAGAUGAUAAAUCAUUAAUUAAAUCAAGUGACGCAGAUAAACGAGGAAAUGACAGCAAACAGAAAAAUGAAAAGAAUUUACUUAUUGAUUUAUCCAAUGAAGUCAAGUCUAACGAUAAAUCUUGGGUAUGCUUUGAAGAUGAGACAAUGGAAAUAAAAAAAGUACCUAAAAAAACAUGCAACAAUAACAUACCGAUGACAACAAUAAGACACGCAAGCAACACAAAUCAUCAUGUUGUACCGAGACCAUCACCGGGUUUCAAAGUACAAAAUGCCUGGGGUGAAUCACGAUCUGUCGACCUCAUAUGCUCGUAGCAUACGUAGCCGAAGGCUGACAGCUUCACAGAUGUACCACUGAUUACUGGUCUCUGGAAGCAUUUGUCUCUUGAUAGCCAAAUUAAAAUCGUACAAUCCCCAACUAAUAAUCAAUCUCGGAAUAAUUCUGCUCAUAAAAAAUAAUAUUACUUUUUUUUAUUUUGACACUUUAACACUUGACAUUUAUUUACCUGGAAAAAAAAAUU